AUGUGCCGUAAUACGUCAACAGAAGUUAGAUGCCAGUCAGGGAAAAGCGAGAACUUUGAGAUAAAAGUAGGGGUACAUCAGGGUUCGGCACUCAGUCCAUUAUUAUUUGCAGUUGUCAUGGAUUGUCUGACAGAGGAAGUACGAAGGCCAUCACCAUGGGAUAUAAUGUGUGCUGAUGAUGUGGUCAUAUGCACCAAUGAUAGAGAGACAUGCGAAGAGAAACUAGAGCAAUGGACUCGAGACCUAGAGAGGCGCUGUAUGAAAGUAAGCAUAACGAAGACGGAGUACCUCAAUACCGGUAAUGGGACGCAGAGAGUUGGAAGUAUCAGCUUAGGAGGUGAAAGGGUACAACGAGCAGUGGAAUUUAAAUACCUAGGUUCAACAGUACAAGAAGAUGGUGGAUCAGAAGCAGAAGUGUCGAAGAGGAUACAGGCAGGCUGGAACAGCUGGAAAAAGGUUACAGAGGUUCUUUGUGACCGAAGAGUUAGUGCAAAAGUGAAGGGCGGGAUUCAUAGAACUAUUGUAAGACCUGCAAUCAUGUAUGGCCUGGAAGCUAUAGCACUCACUAAAGCCCAAGAAAGAAGGUUGGAAGUAGCGGAAAUGCGAAUGCUGAGAUGGUCUUAG